AACUUGCCGCGAUUCUAGAUGCAUAUAACAAAGAACCGGAAAGUCUGGAUAGCGUACCCCCAGACAUGACUCAUGCAGUGCAACAGCCGCCGAGUCAAAAGCCUGCGGCUGAGUUUGGGGUAUCUGGAGAAGAGAGUGUGGACGGUCCCAAUAGCGGAGAACAUCCAUCCAAGAGUGUCUACGAACGGAAGACCAGGGGAGCGAAGAUAAAAAAAGAAAAGGUUUUUUAUCCGAUGCCA